CUAAGAUUAAUAUAAAUAUCUCUUUUCUGGGUUGGUUCGAUUAGAUUGAUCAACCCUAACAGAUCUGAACCUCUGUCACUUUCCUUGCUCUUUCACUUUCUCAAGAACUGACAUUUUAGCCCUUCUUGUGGGGCCUCAAGGGGAAUGGUGGCAAUAUGGAAGAAUGAUGUGGUAGAGUCAAUGGAGAAAUUGAUAAGGAGGUUCUCGAUAUCAAUGAAAUUCAAAAACAUCAAGAAUGGUUUUACAUGGGUUCUCACCAAUGUCUAUGGUCCAAAUAGAUAUUGGGAAAGAAAUGAAAUGUGGGAGGAAUUCUAUGCUAUUAGGGGCUUAUGGGAUGGACCAUGGUGUGUGGUAGGGAAUUUUAAUGUGGUGAGAUUCUCAAAUGAAACAAACAACCCCAACCAGUAGGUUACCGCUAGUCUGAGGAGAUUCAAUGAAUUUAUAGACUUAUGAACUAAAGGAAAUUCCCUUGCUGCAAGCCCAAUUCAUGUGGUCAAAUUUCCAAGAAGUGACCUAAUGCUCAAAAUUAGAUAGAUUCCUCUUUAAUGAACUUUGGGAAUCUCAUGUAGGAAACCUAGUGUCUAGAGCCUUACCUAUAGUCACCUUGGAUCACUGUCCUAUUAAGCUAUGUUCACAAACCUUUGCAAAUGGCCCUACCCCAUUUAGGUUUGAACUUUGAAAACAUGUGGCUUACACACCCAAACUUUUUGAGGAAUGUGAAGGCCUAGUGGAAUGAGGUGUUACGUGGAAUGGAAAGGGGUUAGAUUUCACAAAAAAUUAAAGAGAUUGAGAGAGAGAAUUAAGGAAUGGAAUAGGGAGCAGUUUGGAAGAGUAGAGGAGCAAAAGGUUACUCUCUUGUCUAAAUUAGAGGAGCUAGAUGAGAAAGAAUCCUAGGGGACUCUAGUUGUAGAGGAAAGAACAUUAAGAUGUAGGGUUAAGAAAGAGUUAGAAGAAGUACUCUUAAGAGAAGAGAUUUGUCGGAAACAAAAAUCUGGUUGCAAAUGGAUUAAAGAAGGGGAUGGUAAUACAAAAUUCUUUCAUGCCUUGGCAAACAGGAGGAUGAAAAAUUAUGUAGCCAGCUUAAAGAUAGGAGGGAAGGAGAUAACCAAUUAGGAGGAAAUUGCUAAGAUUUUUGUGAACCAUUUCAAAUCAAUUUUUAGAAGGCCUUUGAAUGAGAUAAUGAAUAUAGCAGGAAUCGGGUGGCCAUGUGUGGAGAUUGAGUUAGCUAAUUGGUUGGAAAGGGAUUUUGAAGAAGUGGAAAUUCGGAAUUUUGUUUUCUUAAUGGAUAGAUCCAAAGCCCCUGGGCCAGAUGGCUUUACAAUGGCCUUUUACUAGGAUUGGUGGGAAAUUGUAAGAGAUGACUUGAUCGAGGUUUUCAAGGAAUUUGUAGAGAAGCAUAGAAUUAGCCUAGGGGUGAAUGCAACCUUUUAGCUCUUAUACCAAAGGGAGCUGAUGCUAGUCAUCCAAUGUACUUUAGACUAAUCAGCCUAGUAACCAGCAUUUACAAGAUCUUAUCCAAGGUCCUCUCAUUGAGAUUAAAAUUAGUUCUCCUAGUCGUAAUCACACAAAAUCAAGGGCUUUCAUUCAGGGGAGGCAGAUAGUUGAUCAGAUCCUAGUUGCUAACGAAUGUGUGGAGGACUUGAAAAGAUCGAGGAUGAAAGGUUUUGUUUGCAAGUUGGACUUGGAGAAAGCUUAUGACAUGGUGGACUGGACCUUCCUUAUUGAGGUGAUGAAAAAUUGUGGGUUUGGGGAGAGAUGGUGCAAAUGGAUAUUUGGUUGUGUUAAAUCUUGCCACUACAUUUUGCUUAAUGGAAUUAUUAGAGAUUUCUUUCCAACUUGUUGGGGCUUGAGGCAAGGUGAUCCCUUCUCACCCUUUCUAUUCACCCUAGUAGUGGAUAUGUUUAGUAGAAUGAUCUUAAAGGCCAAUAGGGAAACUAUAAUAAAAGAGUGAAAGGUUGGAAGAAAUAGGGUCCCAAUUACUCAUUUGCAGUUUUCUAAUGAUAUUAUAAUCUUUUGUGAGGGUGGAGAGCAAAUUUUGGUAAGGAAUUUGAAAGAGCUGGUGAAGAGGAACUGAAAUUUAAAGCAGAUUUGCAUGGCAGGAAUCAUCUUGAAGGAAGAGGAAUUGAACAUUACAGCAAUAUUUUAGAGUGUCCUAUUGCUAGUUGGCCCCUAACCUACCUAGGACUUCCUCUAGGUGCAAACCCCAAGGAUAACAGAUUUUGGAACCCCAUAGUGGAGAGAUGUGCAAAGAAAUUGGCAGCUUGGAAGAGGAAUUAUGUAUCUCUGGGGGGAAGGAUUACUUUGAUCAAAUUCACACUUGCUAACCUGCCAAUCUAUUUCCUAUCAGUGUUUAGAAUCCCCUAAAAAGAAGCCAAGAAAAUUGAGAAGAUUAUGAGAGAUUUCUUGUGGGAACCGGGUGUUGGAAGGAAGGAUCAUUUGGUUAAAUGGGAGGUUUUGUAUAGGAAUCUUCAACAAGGAAUAUUGGGUAUUGGUAGCAUGGAUAAAAAGAAUAAGGCUUUGCUAGGGAAAUGGCUUUGGAGGAUGGAAAGGGACAGACUAUGGCAUGAAGUAAUAGGCAACAUGCAUGAAAAGUUGGGAUGCAGGUGUAUCUAACAGAGCUACUCCGGCCUUGCCUUGGAAAGCUAUUCACAACAUUCUACCUCACUUUCUCUGCUUCUUCAGGCUUAAUCUUGAAGGACAUCGACCUUGGAUGAGACGAUAUGCACAUAGCUUGAAAAAGCUUAUAAGAAUUGGAAAAGGCCCAGAAAUGCUUCUGCGUCAAUCAUCGAGACUUGGUAAUUUCUUGUCAGAUGGAUUUUUUGAAGGCAAUGUGGGGGAUGCAAUUGAAGCACAUGAAUGGAAAUGCGUCCGCACUGUUAAUGGUAUUAGAAUAUUUGAGGAUGUAGAUAGUUUCAAGAGUGAGAAAGGUGUCCUCUUAAAGUCUGUUGGAGUUGUUGAUGCAAAUUUGGAUACUGUCUUUGAUGUGGUUUUGAGCCUUGACCGACAUAAGAGAUAUGAGUGGGAUAUGUUGACAGGUGACCUAGAGCUUGUAGAUUCUGUCAAUGGGCACUAUGAUGUUGUCUAUGCAACAUAUGACCCAAAACAUCUAACCCGGUGGCAAUCCAAAAGGGAUUUUGUUUUCUCUAGGCAAUGGUUUCGUGGACAAGAUGGGUCAUAUACCAUCUUACAAAGUCCAGCCAUACACAAUAAGCGGCCUCCAAGACCCGGCUAUCGACGUGUCAGAAUUAAUCCUUCAACAUGGGAGAUUAGAGGUCUAAAUGAACCCCUGGAUUCAAAUGCUGCAAGAUGUCUUGUGACACUAAUUCUGGAGAUAGACCCUCAUGGCUGGGGUAAAUGGAAGAAAAAUGACCAUUCAAAGUUUGAAUACACAAUUCCUAAUGCAUUGUUGUGUCAAGUAGCAGCUCUCAAGGAAUACUUUGGAGCAAACCCUGCACUGACAUGUGAUUUUUCAACCAAUAUCCUACACUCAAAAUCCUCUAAUUCCUCUGGUAUCAAUAAUGAAUUUGAGGAUGGGAAAGUGAAUGAGGAAUUUUAUGAUGCAACUGCUGCUGAUUCGUUGUGCAAAGAUGAAGAUAGUGAUGAUGGCCUAGAGCUUACAAAGAUGGACGGAAAAGUGAAUCUGAAAAAUGUUUCAUGGGCUGUUGAAGACUUGGCUUUGAAGCAUAAUUCAGUUUCAGUUGAAUCCAAUGAAUUGGAUGACAAAUUUUCUCCAAUCAGUAUUGAUGCAAGCCAGUUUCAUGGUUCCAUGUGCCAAGGAAAAGAUGAAACUGAUGUAAACUGUUGGGCUUCACCUGGAGGACAAGGAUUUAUGAUAAGAGGAAAGACAUACUUACAUGAUAAUUCUAAGGUAAUGGGAGGAGAUCCUCUUUUGAAGCUUUUAGCAGUUGAUUGGUUCAAAUCUGAUCAUAACAUGGAUAAGGUUGCACUGAGUUCCAAGUGUCUUGUUCAGUCAGAAGCUGGGAAGAAACUUCCAUUCAUUCUGGUCAUUAAUUUACAGGUCCCAGCAAAACCAAACUAUAGUAUGGUUCUCUAUUAUGGUGCUAACAGGCCUAUAAAGAAACAAUCUUUACUGGAUAGAUUCAUCGACGGUUCUGACAUGUUCCGAAAUGCGAGAUUCAAACUUAUUCCAAGUAUUAUAGAGGGAUAUUGGAUGGUCAAGCGUGCAGUUGGGACAAAAGCUUGCCUUUUGGGGAAAGCAGUAACUUGUAGAUACCUUAGAAAAGAUAAUUUCCUUGAGAUUGAUGUGGAUAUUGGUUCAUCAUCUGUUGCAAGGAGUGUCAUUGGUUUAGUCCUUGGAUAUGUUACAAGCAUAGUCGUUGAUCUUGCAAUUUUAGUUGAGGCCAAGGAAGAGCCAGAACUUCCGGAGUACAUUCUUGGGACAGUUCGUUUGAACCGUGUUAGGCCAGACUCUGCUGUACCUUUUGAGGUUUGAGGCUCUCCCAGUCAACACUCAAUACCUAAGAUUCCAAAAGUUUAAAAAAAAAUCAGGUCUAGGUCCAAAAGGGCCAAAAUCCUAUAUUUAAAGCCAUGUUCCUUUGUAAUAUCCAUGAGCUAUAACCUAUUUAGAGGACUUUGAAAAUGUUCAGAAUAUUAGGAAAAGAUAAUUCUUCUUUUUUGGGAGGUGUAAGCUGAUAUUUGAUCCACCAUUACAUGCAUGUAGUGCAACAUAUCAACUUAUUAAAUCUACAAAUUCAAGCCUUCCCCGGUUCAAA